CUAUGCCCGGCCAGUAGACAUAUGAACGGGCCAAAGACUUCAUUCUCACCACACCAAUAUGUGCUGCGUGCAAAUCUUGCAGAAUUGCAGGACAGAAGAUGUCGGGAAUCACGACACGGUGUUCAAACAGCAAACAAGUGACGACCAUGGUUGUCAUAUACGUCUGACAGCUGUCCAUCGACAGAAACUGCUAGUUGGGUAGCAAACAGCUGUCAGUGAGAAUAAACGGCACUCUGUGUCUGAACUACGAACGAAACACAUGUGUCUUCCUUCCACGAGUUAUAACAAUUGGCGACGAGUGACAAAUUCUGAGAACCCUGGAACGCUAGCGCUACGCAGUUAAAGAAAAGCUGAAACAAUCGGGUAUAAGUGGAGACAGUGUCAUGAUCGAAGAGAAACCAACAAGCAGUGGUACAAAGCAGAACAUCGCACAGAGUGAACAACGCACCACAAUGGCAAAAUUCGAUAUGGAACCUUUUAACAAAGGGCUCAUGCAAUGGGCCCGCUGGGUGAAACGCUUCGAAGGAGCAAUGUCGGUAUUUGAGGUUAAAUCGAAUAAUAAAAAAGCCAUGCUUCUGCAUUACAUGGGUGUUGAUUCAUACAAUUUAUUGUGUGAUCAUAUUUCUCCGGAAGAACCAGAAGACAAAACAUACGAACAAAUAGUGAAGUGUUUGGAUGAGCUGUUCGACCCGAAACCCCUCGAAAUGGUGGAACUAUGGAAGUUUCGUCAACGACUUCAGACUGAAGGCGAAACUGUAACGGAGUUCAUCACGGCUUUGCAAAAAGUGGCGGCUAAUUGUGAUUUCGGGCAAUAUUUGACAAAGGCGCUCAGGAGGAAAUUUUGGUGUACGGAAUCCAAGAAUACGCAACCGGCUGAUUGAAGAAAGAAAUCUAACACUGGAAAAAGCUAAGCAAAUUGCUUUAGCCAUGGAAGCCGCCGGAGAUGGCGCUGAAGUGCUGAAUAGCAGAAGUGCUGAAGUGCUGAAUAGCAGAGGUGCUGAAGUGAAAGAAGUAAACAUCGUGAGCAACACAACGAAGAAAAACGUCGAGUGUUAUAGAUGUGGAGAAUCACAUUUUGCAUAUGUAUGCAAGCACAAAAGAACCGUCUGCAAAAAGUGCGGGAAAAUUGGACAUUUGCAGCGCGUCUGUCGCACGAACAAUAGAAGCAAAAGUGUGAGGUUAAUUGAUGAACAACAUCAAGACAGCGAGGAGAACGAAGAGGUAAACUCAAUUUUGAUCAACAAUUUAUACCAAAAUGCAAACCAUACCGCAAAAAUAUACAUAACACUAAAAGUCAAUAAUACUAAAAUUCAAUUUGAAGUAGAUUCAGGAUCCCCGUUUUCUAUUAUCAGUAUGAACGACAAACAAAGAUGGUUUAAAGAUAUCCCUAUUAGAGAAUCAGAUAUAAAAUUACAAAGCUAUUGUGGAGGAUCUAUAAAGUUAUUUGGUACAAUUAGUGUUAUAGUGGAAAAUGCUAAAACAAAAUUAACACUAUUUGUGGUAGAGUCUAAAAGAGGACCUAUUGUAGGAAGAACAUGGAUGCGAGAUUUGAAAUUUGAUUGGAACGAAUUAUUAAGUAAGGGGAACUCGUACGUAAAUCAAAUUGUCACCCAUUCUAAUACUAAUCAAGAAGUGAUAAAAAAAUUAAAAGAAGAAUUCGAGGUAGUCUUUCGUAAGUCAUUAGGAGAGAUUUCAAAUAUUCAAGCAUCUCUUACCCUAAAAGAAAAUGCGUUGCCAAUAUUUCUAAAAAAUCGUACUAUACCAUUUGCAUUAAAAGAAAGUGUCGAGAAAGAAAUUAACGAUUUAGUAAAUCAAGGAAUUUUAAUAAAAGUCAAUCGCAGUGAAUGGGCUACACCAAUAGUACCCGUAAAAAAAUCAGGAAACCGUGUACGAUUGUGUGGAGAUUAUAAAUUAACGGUGAACAAAAACUUGGUAAUAGACGAGUUUCCUUUGCCCACAAUAGAGGAGCUUUUUGCUAACAUGGCUGGGGGAGAAAAAUUCUCGAAAAUAGAUUUAGCGCAGGCAUAUUUACAGAUGACAGUUAAACCUGAACAUCAGGAAUUUUUAACACUGAACACUCACAUGGGACUAUUCAGACCAACACGGUUAAUGUACGGGGUUGCUUCUGCCCCAGCCAUAUUCCAAAGAGAAAUCACACAGAUUCUCCAAGGAAUUCCAGGCGUUUCUGUAUUUUUAGAUGAUGUCAAAAUAACAGCUCCUGAUGACAAGACCCAUGUGGAAAGACUGCGCACUGUUUUAAAACGAUUUCAAGACCAUAAUAUGAGAGUGAAUGAAAGCAAAUGUAAUUUCCUUGCAGAUUGCAUAGAAUACUGUGGAUACAGGAUCGACAAGUACGGUAUUCACAAAAUGAAGGAGAAAAUUACUGCCAUUCAACUAAUGCCAAAACCAAGGAACAAAGAUGAGGUUGCCAGGACGCAUUUGAAUGGAUCAAAAAGGAAAUGCAAUCUGAACGGAUCUUGGUACACUACGAUCCUAGCUUACCAAUAGCUCUAGCAGUAGAUGCUUCGCCCUACGGAGUUGGCGCCGUUUUAAGUCACAUCUAUCCAGAUGGCAAAGAAUAUCCAAUUCAAUACGCAUCUCAAACACUAUCACCAACCCAACAAAGAUAUACUCAGGUGGAUAAAGAAGCAUAUGCGAUUAUUUUCGGAGUUAAAAAGUUUUACCGAUAUCUUUAUGGAAGAAAAUUUAUCUUAAUAACCGAUAACAAGCCAGUUUCUCAAAUUCUAUCACCACAGAAAGGUUUGCCAACGCUAUCAGCAACUCGCAUGCAACAUUACGCUGUCUUUCUAGAAUCAUUCAAUUUUGAGAUUAGAUAUCGACCAUCAAAAGAACACGGAAAUGCUGACGGAAUGUCACGAUUGCCAAUCCGAGACAUUCAGCUGGAGGAUACAGAAGAACCCGAUGAAAUUGAACUAAAUCAAAUAGAAAAUCUUCCCGUAUCAGUAGAAGAACUUAAUAAAGAG